AAAAUUAUUUUUGCUGCGAGGAGAAGUCGCACCAGCUGGAUAAAUGCGAAAAUCGCCCGUCACAACGCACGUCUCUUGUAUGCCUCUUCCGAAACUGAAAGUUCGAAAUGCUUUUUCACACAAGUGGCCACCUUUGACGGAUGGUUCAUAAUUGCCAGCGACUCAUUUUCAUGCAAAUGAACCGCCUGACUGAGAGAAUAAAACGGGCCGACGAAAGUGUCAACUUGCCAGUUGGUGAUAAUAUUUUUUAAAGCGAACAUGUAUUUGUGGUUGCUUUUGUCUGCUGCGUCCGCGCUUGCCGUCGUGACAGCCGAAGAAACGGUGAUCACUCCGGUCACUCCUGGUAGUGCUGAACCUGUGGCGUCCGAGAGCAAACUCAAGAGGAGCAUUGGAGGAGGCCUGGGGUACACUGGUUACUACAAUGGCGGCGGCCUGGGCAGCUACGGAGCCUGGAAUAACGACUACCCCGGCUUGGGCUACAGUUCCUACAGUUACGGCUCCGGGUCCGGCGGCUACGGCCGCGGCGUGGGCAGCUACGGAGGCUACGGACUGUUCAGAGGCCUCAACGACGGCUCGUACGGCGGCUCAUACGGCGGCCUCGGAAGCUACGGCGGCCUUGGAAGCUACGGCGGCCUUGGUAGCUAUGGUGGGUAUGGAGGCUACGGUGGCAGCAGGGGCUACGGCUACGGCAGCCAGGGGCUCGGCUACGGAGGCUCCUUGGGCGAGCUCUUCGGGGGACUUGGAGGCGGCAGCUAUGGAGGCGGCUAUGGAGGUGGCGGCUAUGGAGGCGGCUACGGUGGAGGACUCGGCGGCUACUACGGUGGAGCCUACGCCAAAUCAUCGUACCUGUACGGAUAAAUCACGGAAUAUUUUUUGUUUCUUCGGUUUGUGAUUUGGUGUCUGUCCUGUUAAUAACAACGCUAAAGAGAGCAAUGUGCAUAAAAUGCUUGUGAUAAAUUGCAUGGUUGUAAAAUAAACGUGUAUGAGCUAUAUCAUAACUCAAUAAAAUUAAUAUAUUACAAUAUUAA